AUGAUAAUUCUCUCCUAUAAUUUUAGAGGUUUGGGGAGGGGAGUCAAGUGGGCUGCUGUUAGAAGGCUCAUUGUAAAGCACAAAGUGCAUCUUGUCUGCCUCCAAGAAACCAAGAGGGAGAACUUUAAUAAAAGUAUUUGCCAGGCCAUUUCGGGAGACUCCACUGGUCAUUGGGAUUUUGUUCCAUCUGUGGAAGCUGUUGGUGGCCUUUUAUGUAUGUGGAAUAACUCCACCUUUGUGGUAGAAAGGAAGGAAAAAGGUAGAAGCUUCUUAAUGCUUGAAGGCACAUGUUGUUGUAAUAAUCAGAAGUUGAUAUUUGUCAAUGUUUAUGCUCCUUGUGAUUUGGUUGGGAAGAAAGCUUUAUGGGAUGAGUUGAGGCAGCUGAAGGCUUCUAAUCCUAGUGGAAUGUGGUGUUUCCUUGGGGACUUCAAUAGCAUUAGAAGUUCUCAGGAAAGAAUCAGCUUAUCUCAAAGAAGGGCAGAUCCUUAUGACAUUGCAGCCUUGAAUCAGUGGAUUGAUGAUAUGGAGCUUCAGGAAAUUAAAUGUUCUGGGAAUAGCUUUACUUGGAUUAGGCCUAAUGGCUGUGUGAAAAGUAGGCUUGAUAGAUUCUUGGUCUCACAGAAUUGGCUAUCUCUUUGGCCUGAGAGCUGCCAAACUGUCCUUCAAAGGAACCUCUCUGAUCAUUGCCCGUCUAUAUUGCAAACUAACAUGGUGGACUGGGGCCCAAAGCCCUUUAUGGUGUUUGACUGGUGGCUGCAGCAAAAGGGGUACCAAAAAAUGUGGAGCAAAGCAGAGGGGAAUAUUAAUCCUAAGAAGGUCCUUAAUAUUCAGCAGAAGCUAAAUGAAGUGGAGGAUCUAACUGCUCAUCGAAAUCUGACUGAUCAAGAGAUUAAGGACAAAACUUUACUUCAGCAGGAGUUAUGGAAUGCCUCUAAUGCUUUUGAAUCUUUAUUGAGACAAAAAUCUAGGGCCAGAUGGCUGAAGGAGGGGGACUACAACACUGCUUACUUUCACAAAUACAUGAAUUUCAGGAGAGCUUAUAAUAAUAUUCCAGGUAUAUUUAUAUAUGGGGAGUGGAUCCAGCAACCUGAUGCAGUGAAAAAUGAAGCUGCUGCCAACUUCUUCCAUAAUAGAUUCACUGAGCAGAUGCAUUCUAGACCUACCUUGGAUGGAGUUCACUUCAAAUCUAUUUCUUAG